AUGUUCAAGAAAAAGCCAACGAUCAAAACACUUUCUCCUUUACGCUCCUCAGAUCGACGAAAGAUAGCCGAUCAGAUUAUCAAAGAUUACCAAAUCCCUAUCCCUCCGGCAUCUCCCUCGGAAGACAAGAAUAACGAAGAUGGAAACGCCGCAAAAGAGACAGCCAGCAAUCUUACAGCAAUCAGAAAUACCCUCCUCCCCGAAAACUCCCUUUCUGCCCGGUUCACAACAACGUCAGGACCAGAUCUCCGGGAAGUGCAAGGCACAGUAUAUGCCGGAUCGCAUCCUGAAUUUGGAGGCGAAGAAAGAAUUUUGUGGUUUAAAAUAGAGCAAGGACCGGGCGCAGAUGGACGGCUAUACCCAACGGUGUACUCCCUAUGGCAUAACCCGCGUAUCCUACCCCUAUUACACACGCCAGCCCUGGUCAUGGGCAAGCUUUUUGGAGGCGCGGAUCUGAUGACCCCCGGGUUAGCCAAUGGGCCACCAUUCCCGAGCAAAGCUGUCAAGGGUUCUGCCGUGGCUGUUGCUAGUCUGGACAGCCAUACCGUGCCUGUAUUUGUUGGGAUAUGUGAAAUUAAUGUGUCGGAACUGGGUGAAGUUCAGGGCACAAAGGGCCACGCAGUACGCGGUUUACACUGGGAAGGUGAUGAGUUGUGGUCAUGGAGCUCCUCCUCUAGGCCUGGUCAAUCUGCUCCAGAAUACCUGGAAGGCUGGGACGAGGAGACCAGAGAUGUUGAGGACGCAGUGCAGGAGUUGACUUUGAAAGAACAGGAAGCGGAAGCGCGACGGGAAGAGGCUCGUCCAGACGAAGAGGAACAGGAACCUCUUGAGCCGGAAGCUGAACCAACGGUUAAAGAGAUUGAUGAAGCCUUCGUGAAAGCGUUCGUAUAUUCUCUUUAUCAGCUGAAAAAGGAUAAUCCAAGCACGCCAAACCAUGGACUGACUCUCCCUGUUCAACCAUCUGCGGUAAUAUCUCGGCUCGUGACUCCAUACCUUCCGAUAUACUCAACACACCAAGCCCAGUUCUACCAGAUCAAGAAGACUAGCUGGAAAAACGUUAAGAAAUUCAUCAAAUAUCUAGACAAGGAAGCAUUGGUGAAAUCCAAAGAUCGCAAUGGACAAGAGACAAUCGUCAUCGAUGUGGAUUUCAACGACCGCCGCAUUGAGCAGUUCGUUCCUUACAGAAUACCCACCAGAAAUAUUGUGGAAAACUCCGGGAAACCGGUGUCAGGCAAACAAAAGGCUACUACCGAAGAAGGCGUUGAUCCGUCGGUUGGACAGACACUUACCGUACAGGUCUUGUACAGGCCUACUCAAAAACUUACCCCGACGCUCUUUCCAGCGCUCGGCGCAUCUGAUCCGAAGAAUUACUACAAAUAUUCCGAUGUGUCUAGUCGCUUGGAUCAAUAUCUGACAUCUCAAGAUCCUCCGCUCGUAUCCGAAUCAAAUCGACGCAUUAUCAAGCUGGAUCCUUUUCUAUCGAAUACCAUAUACUCGUCCUCGUCAGCCGAUGACAGAGCAGCGCUAGCACGACGGGAAGUCACUCGAGACGGCCUUCUCAAGCGCAUUGUAUCCGAUGCAUCGCUUCUUGCAUCAUAUCAUGCCAUCCUCAAGCAAGGACAAACGGUAGUAACGGACGUGAAGCCGAAAGCCGGAAGUCCACCAAAAGUACUAGUAACCGUUGAAAGGCGGGGAUCUAACAAGACAGUCACCAAGGUAUCUGGAAUCGAGGUGUUUGGCAUCAUCCCUACCUUCUUGGCUGAGGAGUUGCAGAAGAAAUGCGCUUCCAGCACUAGUGUUUCUCAAGCUACUGGAGCCGUCAAGGGCAUUAUGGAGAUUCUUGUUCAAGGCGACCAGCGCAAGGCGGUUGAAACGGCGUUGGAGAGGCGUGGAGUGAGAUCACAAUGGGUUGAUGUAGUGGACAAGACGAAGAAGAAAAAGUGA